AUGAACAGCGACAACCUUGUCCGCUUCGCCGGGCACAUCUACCGAUACAUCAGGGAUCCCAUGCCGACCAAUACUCACAACGACGACAUUUGGUGCCUGGGCCAAAGAUACGACUCACACCCUGAAGCCAACCCGCCCGAGUCCACCCAGCCUGAGCCUUCUCUAACCUCAUCACCUGCUGCCACAUCUGCGACCGAAGACAUACCCUCCGAUUCGGCGACAGUACCUCAGAAAGAAGACGAGUUCGAGACCAUUCAACCCCAGGAAGCUACCAACGAUAACGCCUGGCCACCUGCCUUCCUUGACGACUUGGAGUCUCGCAUAUGGCUGACCUAUCGCUCCAACUUCUCGCAAAUCGCAAAGUCUACCAGUCCCGAUGCCUCGUCCUCUCUGUCUUUUCGAACUCGCCUUAUGCAGUUGGGUAACCAGGGAGGCUUCACAAGCGACACUGGUUGGGGUUGCAUGAUCCGAAGUGCUCAAAGUCUGUUGGCAAACACGCUCCAGAUACUUGAUCUGGGAAGAGGCUGGCGCAAGGGAGAGCAGCCCGAUGCUGAGCGAAGGCUGUUGGCUCUAUUCGCAGAUGAUCCUUCCGCUCCCUUCUCCAUACACCGCUUCGUCGAACAUGGUAGCAAGGCCUGCGGCAAGCAUCCCGGCGAGUGGUUUGGUCCAUCAGCUGCGGCUCGGUGCAUCAAGGCUUUGGUAGAUUCACAUCCUUCUUCUGGUUUGCGAGUCUAUAUUCGUCCUGAUGACUCGAGCGUGUACGAAGACAGCCUCAUGAGCAUCGCUCGCGCUUCCAAUGGCUCCUUCCAACCGACUCUGAUUUUAUUGGGUACAAUGUUAGGCAUCCGUGGUGUGACUCCCUCCUACAGAGAGGCCAUCAAAGCUGCUUUGCGUCUUCCUCAAAGUAUCGGAAUCGCUGGUGGCCGACCGUCCUCCUCGCACUACUUUAUCGGCACCCAAGCCGAUCACCUCUUCUAUCUUGAUCCACAUACCACACGCCCUCUGCUACCUGCUUCUCCCUCCGAGGCCGACAUUGCUUCCUGUCACACACGUCGCCUACGUUUGAUACCACUGGACGAGAUGGACCCUUCCAUGCUCCUGGGCUUUCUAAUCCGCAACGAGGAAGAUUGGACCAACUGGAAAGCCGUUGUCGAAGCUACACCACCUACCGGUACCAAGAGCAUCAUACACAUUUACAAGGAAGAGCCCUCCCUCUCGGGCGAUAUUUCGGAGGCCGACUAUGAGCGUGCCGUUGCCGAAGUACAGAGUUGUGACGAAGACGAGGAAGACGACGCCAUCAUCUGA